AUGUCUACCACCACCCCGGAGAAGGCUUCGGCCCCCGUGCUGGAGAGAAAGCCCGUCAAGUUCAGCAACCUGUUGCUGGGCGCUGGAUUGAAUAUGUUCGAGGUCACAACGCUUGGACAGCCGCUGGAAGUGACCAAGACAACCAUGGCCGCAAAUCGGGGCGACAGCUUCGCCGGUGCUAUGGGUCGGAUUUGGGGUCGUGGCGGGAUCCUCGGUUACUAUCAAGGACUCAUUCCAUGGGCCUGGAUUGAGGCUUCUACUAAGGGUGCCGUGCUGCUGUUCGUCGCCUCCGAGGCCGAGUACGGCGCCAAGGUGCUCGGUGCGCCCGACUUUCUGGCUGGUAUCGGUGCUGGUAUGGCCGGUGGUGUUGCUCAGGCCUAUGCGACCAUGGGCUUCUGUACCUGUAUGAAGACGGUCGAGAUCACCAAGCACAAGAUAGCUGCGUCGGGUGUCAAGCCUCCCGGCACCUUUGCGACCUUCAUGGAUAUUUACCGCAAGGAGGGCAUCCGCGGUAUCAACCGUGGUGUCAAUGCCGUGGCUAUCCGUCAGACGACCAACUGGGGCUCACGCUUUGGUCUGUCGCGUCUGGCUGAGACCGCCAUCCGCAAGGUGACCAACAAGGAAGAUAGCCAGAAGCUGUCCGCCUUCGAGAAGAUCCUGGCUUCUGGCCUUGGUGGUGGUCUGUCCGCUUGGAACCAACCUAUCGAGGUUAUCCGCGUUGAGAUGCAGAGCAAGACCGAGGACCCCAACCGGCCGAAGAACUUGACUGUCGGCAAGACCUUCAAGUACAUCUACGACUCCAACGGCCUCAAGGGUCUCUACCGGGGUGUGACGCCCCGUAUCGGUCUGGGCAUCUGGCAGACCGUCUGCAUGGUUGCUCUGGGUGACAUGGCCAAAGAGGCAGUUGAAAAACUGACUGGCGAGGCUGUCACUGCGAAGCACUAA